GUCCCGCGUUGAGUCGGCACGCUUGUUCGGGAACCUGAACAAGUACGCGUAUUAUUUCACCGACCUGAUGAUAGGAAGCCCGCCGCAGCGGGUCUCCGUGAUCAUCGACACCGGGUCGCGGCUUGUGGGCUUCCCCUGCAAGAAGUGCACGCACUGCGGAGACCACCUGGACCCGCCGUUCGACGACGAGGGAUCCAGAAGCCUGAGAUGGUUCAACUGCUCCGACCAGUGCCGGGAGACGUGCCAGGACAAUUACUGUCCCUACAAGGAGACGUACGCCGAGGGGAGCUCGAUCUCGGGAUUCUGG